AUGGCGGAUCUGUUCAAGAACUUGUUUGGGGGCGCCAAGCCGUCGCAGCCCGCGGCCAAGAAGCCCGAGGCCGACUUUGCCGACUUUGCCGCCGCCCCCGAUCCCGUCCCCGAGGCCGCCCCUCACGCCGCGACGCUCGCCGGCACCGCUGCCACCACCCCCUUGCCCACCGGCCGGCCCUACACCAAGUGGUACAAUGUCCACGAGCGCCACUCGCUCUCCGAGUUUAAGAUCGAGGGCCUCAUUCUCGCUGUUGCGGCUUUUGUCUUCCUCCUGCACAUCCUGGGCGCGCGCAUCAACCGGUCCAAGGCCAGGGCUUGGAUCCGUGCCCACGCGCGCGUCCUCAAGAGCGAGUUUGCCCUCGUCGGCUUCGGUGACGCGCCCACCAUGGAGACGGACGUCGACGACGACCGCCUCAUCAAGGAGAAAUCGCUCUUCGAGUUUGCCACGUACGCGACGGGCCGCCAGAACACGGCCUUUAUGGACGUCAAGCUCACUCUGUCCAAGCGCUUCAACCCCAUCAUCAACGUCGUCGAGACGGCCGCCUCCUUCUUCUCCGACUCGUUUGCCCCGCCGGCCGAUUUCAUGGAGGCCUUCCUGUACCCCUUUGACGGCAAAGAAGAUCUGACAGUGCCCUCGACGCCCGGCGAGACUCGGGCAAGAGACACCAAGAGCACCUACGAGGGUUUCGUGUGGGCCGUGGUCAACAAGGACCGCAUGCAGAGGGUGCGAGAGGACCGCUACGACGUCACGCUCACCUCCACAAAGGACAACUCGAAGCUGCCCAACUGGCUGACGGUUAUGAGCGAGAGCUCCGAAAUCACCGACGUGCUGCUGACCAAGGAGCUCAUCGACGCCGUGGUGGCGGCCGGCGACGCCUUCGAGUACCUCAUCGUGACGGACCAGCCGGCGGACCGCCCCAAGACACUUGACGAGACCAACCCGCGCAAGCGCCUCUUCCUCAGGUACCGCCUCCCGUCGGACAACGGCUACGACACCCUCGCACCCCUCUUGUCCUACUUUGUCCGGAUGCCCGACCGGCUCGUGCAGGCGGCGCACUUCCGGCCCGAGGUGAUGAAGAAGGUGCGCGCGACGCGCGAGGCCAUGGUUGCGCAGAUUAGAAAGGCAGACCAGGAGGAGCGCAACGAGGAGCGCAUCUACGAAAAGGAGAAGACGCGCAAGGCCAAGCGCGACGCCGAGCUCAAGGGCCUGGACGCCAAGGCGCAGAAGAAGUACCUUGAGAAGGAGAAGGAGAAGGAGCUGCGCAGGAGCCAGAAGAAGAUGACGAUGCGGGCUUGA